UUCCGCCCCUGGUGUAGCGACGAUUAAAAAAAAGUUGGCCGGGUCUGUGCCGUACGGCCGCGUAGUUCGGCAUUCCGCGAGUUGGGUUCAAGGCUUCAACCGAAACGCCCGUGUACAGUUAGUGAUAAAGUGAGCAACAAAAUUAUCAAGUAAAAUAGUGCAUCCACCAACCAACCAACAACCAUUAAAUCCAACACCACCACCACCACCACCAUUUACUACUACUGCUAUCUUGAUCGUACACCUUACGAUUUGCUGUCCCGUUUUUUGAAUCGUUCUGGAACGUUGUGUUCUUUUGUUUUGUUUCUCCUUUCCAUUCGCCGAAAUCCGCAAACGGCAAAAUUAUCCGGCUCCAUUUUUUCCUGGAAAUUCGAACCGAAAACCUAUGCGUGAUAUUCUGUAUCACGGCCGCCCCAUCUCUCCUUCACCAGCACCAGUUCCUGGUUUUUUGCGUUCCUGUUGUACAGACCUGUAUAGAAAUUGAAUCGAAAGGCUCGAUUUUAAAGAACAGUCGCAGUUGUCAAACGGAUGAAUGAAGUGAUUGGUUAUUUGUUUGUGCAACAAUUGACUUUUCCCGCAGUGCUGUACUUGUGUUUGGCGUACAUGUGUAGGACUGUAUUCGGUCGGUUCUAUUUGCUGCGAUAAUUUCGUCCAUCAUCAAAAACCGCAACACGCGUGAGCUGUGCGACAAACGAGGCGUGUGAGGCGAGCGAUUUUUCUCACGCGGUGAGAUCUGCUGUGCUCACCUAACCAUCGCCACCAUCUCUGUUAGCUUCCUCGUUGCUGUGGAAUCAUCCCGCAUACACACACACGUACGACAUCUGUUCGGUGAGGAGCAGGAUUUCUUGGAGUGUGACGAAAUACACUACCUCCCUAUCGUGCGUGAACCUUUGGUGCGUGUGUAUCGUUUGCGAUCGCGGCGUGCAUUUUAAUUUUGUUCUGUUUUCCCUCCCUCCCUCCCUCGCGGGUGGCCGAUCCAGCUCUGGCGCUGCGUCUGGAAGUGUGGCUGUCUUUUCUUGCCGUGUGUAUGUGUGCAGGGUUGCGCAAAUAAUCGUAACCAGGAGCCGCCCAGCGCUCUCUCUCCGGCAAGUGGGAAUUCUGUAGCUGCAGCGCGGUGUAAAUAGUGAUACAGCACACGGAUAGUGUUUCUCGCAUCUUCACGCCACUCUGCGAACCGUAGCCGGUUGUGUUUGUGGAUGCGCCUGUGUAUGUUGUGUAUAUACUUCUUCUGUGCGUGCGUGCGUGUGCGUAUGCGUGCGGCGUUCUUGUUUCGGAAGAGUGAAGCCGUUUUUGUGUAUGUAUGUUUGUGUGUGUGUAUGCGUAUGUGUCUCGUCAGUCUAUUGUGAAACAAUUGUUCCGUCUCUGUCACUGGUGCCCUUGGCCAUCGCGCCUUCACCCAUGCGUUUGUUGACCGCCGACCAACACCGCCUCCGCGCAUAUUCAAAUAAGCCGAUUGCGUACUGUGUGCGUCCAUCCGCGUGCGAUUCAUGCGAUCGCGCAAAUAAUAGUUCUUGAAGCGUACGCGCGUGCUUGUGUGUAAGUUUUUGUAUUGAUCGCGGUCAAAAGUGCGUGUGCGAGCCUGUGUAUGUGUGUGUGAGAAGCAGGAAGCACGUCGCAGUAGUUUUCAAUAGAAGCAUCAUCAUAAUCGAUCCCCGUUGUGUUCAGGCCACAGGCUACAGCAUACAAGUGUGUACAUUGGUAAUAUAAAAAUAUAAAAAAGUGUAUAGCGUUCUCGUGUAGGUGUAAGCGCACGCGUGUGUGCAUUGUGAAAGUGUGUACAGCAAAAGUGCAUAGGACCGAUAGGUCUGCGAAUCUUUCCUCCCGGUUUUGGAGAAGUAAUUUCAAUCCUUGCCGGUGUGUAAGCGCGCUCGUGCCUGUGCCAAAGGUUGCAGUGUGCGUAGUGGAAAGCUUGCGUAUUGUUUGCCAGUGUUCAGUACGAGUGUGUGCGUGCGUGCGUGUGCGUCUGUGUGUGCUGUUGUUGCAUAGCUGCGUUUGUUCAGCCAGCCGCUCCACACGAACUAAAAGCGAGGUGCAUCGUCUUGUGUGUGUGUGUAUCGUGUACAGUGUGUAUAUUUUUUUGGUUUUAUCCUGCCACUCACCUCCCCCCACUAUCGCCACCACUACAUUCAAUUCUAAAUCAAAUGUGUCAUCAAUACCAAUAAGAAAGCAGUGCAUAGUGUUGUGAAAACAAAUCGCAUUUCAUUUGUUAGCUUGCAAUCGGUCGCUGCAACUCACGCCUGAGACGACCCCAAACACCACCAACACCCCAACGUGCAUUGCUGCAUUCCGAGUGUGCGGUUGAAUAGUGUGUCUGUCGAUCUGUGUGUGUGUGAAUUGUGCUGCUGUUUUAGAAGCUGCUUGCCACUCAACAAAGCAGACGCGCCUCGGUUUUUGCUAUCUGUAGCGGCGCGCGGUUCCUUCCCGGCCGUGUGUGUGCGUGAGCUGUUGCGAUAUUGCACCGCAACUGGCGGAUUGAGCAACGACGCAACGACGUCGAGGCGACGAGGAUAGCAGCGCACUGGCCGUAGCAAUCUAGAAGGCCCUGUACACACGCAUACCAACGCGCAGGACCUGGGGGUUUUAUGCUCAACACAAACUGCUGAACCCCGUCCCCCAAAAAAAAAAAAACGCGCACCGUUCGGCCGCCUCAGCACGAGAGCAAAGAGCGCGCCGUGGAGUUGUUGUUUUCAAACAAAAACCACCAUUUCUCAUCCGAGCGGGGGCCAGUGGCAGGGAGAUAGACGGUCGUCCAACCGCGCGGGUCUCAUCUUAUUCCGGGUGUGUCUCUGUGCGCUGCGUGCGAGCAAAAGGCAACUCUACUCUACUCGCCGCGCUCUCCACACUGAACUUUCUUCUGCUGCGGCACAACAGCACAUCGGAACAAUCGUGAAGGAACGAACUGUUGCCGCCGAUCGAUAGUCCCACGCAACAGCGAACAAGAACAGCGGCAGCAAGCAACGCUUUUAGCAAAGUAAAGGGCAUCGGCCAAGACAACAACGGUGACACCGACGACGACGACGACGGCCACGAUCGUACCGGAAACAGUUGCCGGCAGCAUGAAGCUACUGGGUGGGCACGACGACGGUGGCGGACGCAAUGCAGCUCCGAUCCGCACGCAGGACGAUGCCGCCGUCGGCUACGUGUUCCAGCGGCAUCCGAACGAGACCGAGUUCAACCAGUUCGCACAGAAGCAGUCCCGGUGGGCUUCCGGGGACGACACCAUUAUCGAUAACCAAGACAAGUGGAAGUACAACCCCGCACUGACGAACAACACGCCCGGUGGUCUGCUGCCACCACCGAUCGUACCCGGCGUAAAGCAGCAGCAACAGCAGGUAGCCCAACAGCAGCAACAACAGCAACAGCAGCAGCAGCAAUCACUUCAGCAGCAGCCACCGAUGCAGCAUCCCCAUCAGCCGCACCAGCAUCAGGUGCAGCAGCAGGUACAGCAGCAGCAACAGCAGCAACAGCAUCAACAACUGCAGCAGGCGCAGCAGAUGCAGCAUCAGCAUCAGCAGCAGCAGCAACAGCUACCCAUGAUUAACCAUCCGUCGCAGAUGGCAAACCAUCUGAACCAUCAGAACCAUCUAAAUCAGACGAUGCUGAACCAUGCGACGAUGAACAGCGGAGGCCUACCGACGAUGCAGAUGCCAAUGCAGGGUGGCAUGUACGAUCAUCUUCAUCCGCCGAACGUGAACGUGAACGGUGUCGGCGUACCGAAGCCGCCCAUGCCGGAGCAGCAACUCGUGUAUCUGAGCGGCAGUCAGCAGUACGGAACGGUGCUGGCCCCCCAAAACCAGUACAUUCCACGCAAUAACUCAGCGAUUAACACUUCAACUGCCAAAAAAUUGUGGGAGAAAGGAGGAUCCAAUGACGUCAAGGUAGCAGCCGCUGCCACUGGCCCUCUUCCACCACUGCAAUUGCACGGCACCACUGACCAUCCGGUAUGGCGCGAUUCAACCUGGUCAUCUCAGGGCGAUGCGAUCUUGGCGGCACCGCGACGUAUUUUCCAACACGGAGCGGAAUCCAAUCCGACUGGUUCAACGGGAAUUCUAAGUCCACGAGACUCGACAGGAGGACUAGGUGUAAAGAUGGUAGAAUAUGUACUGGGCGGUUCCCCGACAAACAAGGAAAGUCCAUUGGCUAGCUUGGACUCGCGCUUCAAAGGAUUGAAGUUUGAUGAUGGAGACAAGGCUUCUGAUGAUAAGGACAAAGCAAAUUCGCCUUUUGAAACGAAUGGCGUAAAGAAAGAGGAGGUGGUGCCCGGUACAAAUGGCGUUGUAAUGGUCAAUGGCAUUGAUGACGAUAAGGGUUUCAAUCACCUUUCGUUCCAAAGCCGUACGCCGGGCUCGCGCCAGCCGUCCCCGGCCGAAGAGCAGCUGCCACGUCCGAACAUGCUGGACCCAACGGGCGUGCACGGAUCCGGGUUUCCGCAGCAUCCGUCGCUGCACAAUAUGCUCGGUUCUGCAGCACCCGGUGGCAACGACGUCACGCAGCAGGCAGCAGCCGCCGCUCUCGGAUCCUAUCAUCCUCAGAUGAUAAAUCAGAUGGGUCAAAUGGGUCAGCUCGGUCAAAUGAAUCCGAUGAAUCAGUUGAACCAGUUGAACCAGCUGAACCAAAUGCAGAGCCAUGUGAUGAACGGCGUUGGGGGCAUUCCGCAGAUUGCACAGAGCCCUAUGGUUAAUCAGCACGGACAAGGACCGAGUCAAAUAGAUUCGCCGGCAAAUCUGCUGCAACAACCGCAUAACUUCGAGCUACAGGUAUGUACAACUUUCCAUACAACCAUUUUGUGUAAUUAACAUUCUAUUUGGCCGAAUCGAUCAAUUCGAUUCGGCAAAAAAGAAGGAAGCAAGCA